UACCUCUACGUUUUAAUUUUUUUUUCUCGUCCGUCUUAUCUCCUUGGUUCUCUUUGUCUCUUCUCACGCUCGUUAUUUGCCACUUGAAAGUCACUUUUAGCAUGUCUUGAAAUUUGCCUGGGAGGAUGUCUGCUUUUUUGUCGUUAUGAGCAUGCAUAAAACGCACUGGGCCUGUGGGAGGAACUUGUCGAUUUGCACUUGUUUUUUGCUUUCUUAUAUAUGGAGGCAUACCGCCUAUUUACCUCGCUGUCUGUCUGGUCAGAUUUAUCACAUACCAUUCAGAUGGACCUACCAUUCUUGUCUGGAUGGCGAAUACCACGUUCAACUUAUCCGUGAUGACUUGACUGACGUGGAAGAAUUCUAUCAUCAUCCCCUGGUGGAUACCACUUUAAACCUUUUCGUGCCUAAUGUCGCCGACUACAUCGCACCAUAAGUUACCUCCGAAGUCCGAGAUUGUCCGUUGACAAGGAGGUAUGAAAAGUAACGUAAUGUACAAUACG